AUGGGUCUCGAAGCAGUAAUGAUAGUGGUGGACAACUCUGAGAGCAGUCGAAAUGGAGAUUACACACCAACACGAUUCGAAGCGCAGUCCGAUGCUGUAUCCCUCAUCUUCUCCGCAAUUACGCAGGGGAAUCCAGAAUCGUCGGUAGGACUCAUGAGUAUGGGUGGGAAAGGUCCGGAGGUACUGGUCACUCUGACAACAGAUCAUGGAAAGAUUCUGGAAGGAUUGCAUCGAACGAAAGCAAAGAUUCGAGGAGAGAGCCACCUGGCUACGGGGAUUCAGAUCGCGGGGUUGGCACUCAAACACAGACAAAACAAGUCGCAGCGGCAGCGCAUCAUCGUUUUCACAUGCAGCGCCAUUCCAGAAGACGAAAAGACUCUUGUCAAGUUAGCGAAGAAGAUGAAGAAGAUUGGUGUCAACAUUGACUUUGUAGCGUUUGGCGAAUUGGACGAGGACACAACCAAAAAGCUUACCUCAUUCAACGAGACAGUGAAGAGCUCGGAAGGAUCAUAUUUAUCAAUCAUCCAACCAGGACCAGGGCUUCUCAGCGACCAACUUAUUACCACCCCAAUAUUGAAUGGUGAUGGAGCAGGAGCAUCAGGCGGUAUGGGGGAUGCUGCUGCGGGAGGUGGUGGUGGUGAUUUCGAGUUUGGGAUCGACCCAAGUGUGGACCCAGAAUUGGCUCUUGCGUUGCGUAUGUCUAUGGAGGAGGAGAAAGCAAGAGUGGACAAACAGAACAAGGAGAAGGCGGAUGCAGAUGCAAAGGCUGCGUUACCGGAAAUUAAGGAAGAAGACGAGGCGUCACAGCCAUUACUGAAUAAAGACGGCGAGGCUAGCGGGUCAAAGGACGACAAAAAGGAUGAUAAGGAUGAUGGGGAUAAAAUGGAUACGGCAUAG